AUGGGUAAAAAAGCGAGUACUGAGACGUUGAAUACACAGACGAUGGAUGGAACCGGGCCAAGCACAUUAAAACAUAGUGCCUCUGAUAACUCAUAUCAUUCCAACUCGUCCAAUGAUAGAAGCUAUCAGGAGCAAAUUUCAAAUAUCAAUUCACAAAACGCUAAUUUGAAAACCAUAAAUAAGCAUUUGGUGAAUCAAGAAGAUACUUUAAAAUUGCAAGGGGGAGAUGUAGCUAGACACCUCUACCUGCAGCUUGAAAAUGUUAGCAGCAAAGAGUUGACGAACCUGAAGAAGAGAACGAGGUCAUCAUCGUUUUCCAAUUUCAUGACUCAGUCGAGAAGGCAGUCUACUGCUAGCGACAUUAAUAUUCCAGGAGGAUUUAGAAGAGAAUUUUUAAUUAACAAAUCUUUGCAGGAGAAUACGGAGCCUCCAAAUUUUUUGACAAGAAAUUUUGUUGAGUUUUUGAGCAUAUAUGGUCGUUUUGCGGGGGAGAAUUUUGAUGAUGACGAAGAUAAUGAUGAACAAUAUGAGGAGGCAUUCGACGAAGAGUCGCUAUUGCUACCCAAUGAACGUAGAGCGCCCCCUACCCGUAGGCCUAGACCAGAAAAGAAGGGAGCAGCCAAUAUUCCCAAGACGUUUUUCUUAGUUUUUAAAGCGUUGGUGGGUUCUGGUAUAUUGUUUUUACCUAAGGCUUUUGCUAAUGGAGGUCUUUUGUUUUCAUCCAUUAUGUUAUUAUGUUUUGGAUUGUUGACAUUUCUUUGUUAUAUCAUUUUAAUCCGUUCUAAAAGAAUAUUGAACAAAUCUUCAUUCGGUGAGUUAGGAUUUAAGACCCAUGGAAAGCCGUUAAGAAUUUGCAUUUUAAUAUCUAUCUUGAUUUCCCAAAUUGGGUUUGUUGCUACUUAUAUUUUAUUUACAGCAGAAAAUGUGAUCUCUUUCAUCGAGAACUACUUACAUUUUUCUGCUCACUACGUGAGUACACGGAAUAUUGUCAUUCUCCAAUGUAUUUUAUUAAUUCCUUUGGUUCUCAUCAGAAAUUUAGCUAAGUUAUCUAUAAUUUCUUUGAUAUCAUCGGUUUUUAUAGUAAUUGGACUAAUAAUCAUAUUCUAUUUUUCCAUUAUGAAAAUUUCAGUCGAAGGUGUUGGUCCAAAUAUAGUCAAAUUUAACUCUAGCAACUGGUCAAUGUUGAUUGGAGUCGCAGUUACAUCAUUUGAAGGUAUUGGAUUGAUUUUACCAAUUGAAUCUUCGAUGGCUCAACCAGAAAAAUUCCCUAUGGUUUUAUCAAUAAGUAUGUGCGUUAUAACGACAUUAUUCGUGUCUAUUGGUGUUCUUGGGUAUUCUACAUUUGGAGAUCAGGUUAAAUCAAUCGUUAUUUUGAAUUUGCCACAGGGUAAACUAUCUGUUCAGCUCAUAUCGUUACUCUACUCGUUAGCGGUAUUCUUGACAGCGCCCCUCCAGUUAUUUCCGGUAACUAAGAUAUUAGAAUCCUUAAUUUUCAAUUCAUACUUAUUCAAUGAUAGAACUACUUCUACUAAGAAAGAUGAUGAAGGUAAAUUGUAUCACUUUUCAGGCAAAUAUAGUACGUCAAUUAAGUGGUCCAAGAAUUUAAUAAGAGCAAUAUUAAUUAGCUCGAUAUGUAUAAUUGCAUAUUUAAAUGCAAACAACAUAGAUAAAUUCAUUUCUUUCAAUGGGUGUUUUGCAUGUAUCCCACUCGUAUAUAUCUAUCCUCCCUUGAUACAUUUGAAAACUUAUAAAUUUGAUAGACAAAAUGAUUGGAAGGGUAAAUUUUUUAAAGUAUUUGAUUAUAUUUUAAUAGUCGUUGGGAUGAUAGCAGUUUUCUAUACGACGUAUCAAAUUUUAUUCUUAAUUUAA